GACUUCAAGUUAAGGCAGAAGAAAGUACCAUGCAGUGGUACCAGCAGCUUCAAGAUGCUGCUGAGCAGUGUGUUGCUUCUUUCAGUGGAAUCAGCAACUGCAAAGACAACAAUGAGGUUAAGAAGAUAAAAACAGACUUGCAGAAAGCAGCUACGAUCCCUGUGAGCCAGAUCUCUAGAAUAGCAGGCUCUCAGCUGAGAGAGAUAUUUGACAAGAUCAAUAACCUGCUCUCUGGAAAGCCUGUUCAGAGUGGAGGGCGAACUGUAUCAGUGACUCAGCAUCCACAGGGUCUGGAUUUUGUUUAUUACAAACUUGCGGAGAAAUUUGUGAAUCAAGGAGGAGAAGAAGUAGCUUCUCACCGUGAUGCAGCUUUCCCAAUUGCAGUGGUGGCCUCAGGAAUCUGGGAAAUACACCCUCGAGUUGGAGACCUCUUUUUAGCUCAUCUGCACAAAAAGUGCCCCUAUUCUGUGCCAUUUUACCCUGCAUUGAAAGAGGGGACUUCUAUGGAAGAGUAUCAGAGGAUGCUUGGAUAUCAAGUUAAGGAUUCUAAGAUGGAAGAGCAAGAUCAUUUUCUUAAACGAAUGUCAGGAAUGAUUCGUCUUUAUGCUGCUAUCAUUCAACUCCGGUGGCCUUAUGGAAACAAACAGGGGGCACAUCCUCAUGGGCUGAACUAUGGAUGGCGCUGGCUUGCUCAGAUGUUGAAUAUGGAGCCUCUGGCAGAUGUUACAGCCACACUUCUUUUUGAUUUUCUGGAGGUGUGUGGCAACGCCCUCAUGAAACAGUAUCAGGUUCAGUUCUGGAAAAUGAUGUUGCUUAUCCGAGAAGACUAUUUCCCAAGAAUUGAAGCAAUUACCAGCUCUGGACAGAUGGGCUCUUUAAUGCGUUUCAAGCAAUUCUUGGAGGAAUGUCUACAGCAGAAGGAAAUUCCAUUACCAAAGGGCGCUCUGCAGUCUUCCUUUUGGAGAUCAUAA